AUGUAGCACCGUAUGUCGAAGCCUUUGAUAGGAUCAUAAAGGGGAGUGUAGCUGAGUUUCUAAGAAAUAGCAAGAUCCUUGAUGGCGAUGUGAAGACACAUCAUACAUUCUGAUGCCAGCAUCUGCGAUGGAUCUCACUUCCUCCCACGCUUCUGUAAAGGUUACAUUGGAGAAAAAGUUACUACAAAGUCCCUCAACAUACUGGCUGCUGCCUUGUUCACACAGAGAGAGUUGGAAAGAAGGUUGUAUUUGGUUUCAGAAGACACCUGUUGCCUAGAAAACCCUCGCAUACCUGAGUGACUAGGAUAGUAAUAUGUGUGAAACUCACAAGAAAUCCUUCAAUUAUGCAUUGUCAAGGAACACGUUUAGAUUUCUUCACUGCGUUAAUGCUAGAGUAUCAGCACAAACAGAAGCAGAAAUGAUCCGCGCAGCUUUUCAAGCACAGAGAGCAUAUCUACUGUUGACCUCACAGUAUCAAGAACCUCAGGAGAGUGAAGUGACUAUUCUUUUAAAACCAAUAUCAGACAAGAUCCAGGAAAUUCAGACGUUCAGGGAGAGAAAUCGAGGAAGUAAAAUGUUUAAUCAUCUGUCAGCAGUCAGUGAAAGCAUUCCAGCUCUUGGGUGGAUAACUGUGUCUCCUAAGCCAGGGCCUUAUGUCAAGGAGAUGAAUGAUGCUGCUACCUUUUAUACAAACAGGGUGUUAAAAGACUACAAGCAUAGUGAUUUGCGCCAUGUUGAUUGGGUGAAGUCAUUCUUGAAUAUCUGGACAGAACUUCAGGCAUACAUCAAAGAAUAUCACACCACUGGGCUCGCAUGGAGUAAAACUGGUCCAAUCGCAUCAGCAGCAUCUGGGCUGUCUACUCUAGCGAGCAACCAGGGUCCUCCUCCACCUCCUCCACCUCCUCCUCCUCCACCACCACCACCAGGACCUCCUCCUGUCUUUGAUACAGAAAAUGCAAAAGAGGAUGCAACUGCAACACGCUCAGCCUUAUUUGCCCAGCUGAACCAGGGAGAAACAAUUACCAAAGGGCUUCGCUAUGUCUCUGAUGACCUGAAGACUCAUAAGAACCCCAGUCUUCGGGCUCAGGGGACACCGAUUCGAUCUCCUACAAAAAGCCAUGCACCAAAUCUGACUACUCCCAAGCCUUCCCAGCAGAGCCACUGUCCUGUGUUGGAACUUGAAGGAAAGAAAUGGAGAGUGGAAUACCAAGAAGACAAGAAUGACCUUUUAAUUUCCGACACUGAACUCAAGCAAGUAGCUUACAUUUUCAAGUGCAACAAAUCUACAUUACAGAUGAAAGGAAAAAUUAAUUCCAUUACAGUUGACAAUUGCAAAAAGUUUGGCCUUGUGUUUGACAAUGUUGUGGGUAUUGUUGAAGUGAUCAAUUCCAAGGAUAUUCAGAUACAGGUAAUAGGAAAAGUGCCAACCAUUUCAGUUAACAAGACUGAAGGCUGUCAUAUAUACCUCAGUGAGGAAUCAUUAGAUUGUGAGAUUGUGAGUGCUAAGUCAUCUGAAAUGAACAUCCUUAUCCCAAAGGAUGGUGAUUAUAAAGAAUUUCCUGUUCCUGAACAGUUCAAGACAUCGUGGGAUGGAUCCAAGUUGGUCACUGAUCCUACAGAGAUUGUGGGUUAACUUCCUAGGGCUGGACAGAAACCACUGACCACAAUCUCCAAAGAAAUCCAUCUGAAAACAACAGCAUGAAGCAGCAGCACUGGUUUGUAAUGAGUGAUAAGCCUUCCAGCCGCUACUUUGUGUUCUGGAAACCAUACGCUGUAUUACAUAGUAUUUUUUCCUCCACUGAGACUAUCUCUGGAGGAAAAAAGUAUACUGAUGUACACAACUAUGUCUGAGGGAGGCAUGAACGUUCAUUUUGCCAUGACACACUUUGAAAACACUGCACAGCCCCUGUUCACUUUUUGUAGGCAUCCUGAUAUUCUCAACAUGUCCACAAUUUGACUUUGUUUGCAAAUAGGUCAUACAAAUGUCAUGUGAAUGUAUAAAUGUUUUUUAAAUUAACUAUUCAGGUUACUGGCUAUUUCACUGCAUAUAGGAAGCCAAAUGUCUGCAUGAUACACUUUUGUCAUGUUUCAGUGCAUUCCUUUUUUAAUGUGUUGACCGGUUUAAAAAAAACUGCAGUAGGUUACGAUGUUCAUUUUAGAUUUCAGUUCAUUCAUGUAUCACCCAAUAAACCUGGAGCCCAAGAAGUCUGUAGUUCUUAUAUGUCUUUGCACUUCUGAAAGUGGAAAAGGUAAUGGAAACAGCUGCUCACGGAAAAUAAAAGCUAGAUAUUUUCAAUUUCUUAUUCCCCUUAACCAUCUAUUUUUAACAAGGAGAGUUUGCUGUUAUCUUUGUUUCUGUUCAAUUUUGUUGAUGUUAGCUCAGAGAUAAUUUAUAGAAAAAGUUAUUUUAAACUUAAGUAAAUCUGCAUUCUACUGAGUUCCCCCCCCCUCACUUCUCCCCUGUCCAUUAUAACAUUUCCUUGUUUGUGGGCUUUACUGUUUACUUGGGUCAAACAGUAUUUAACAACCUAAUCUGAAAAAAAUUUUUUUUUAAAUUAUUUGAUAACAUAAAGGGUCUUAGCUGAAUGUUAAGCAUCGUUUCUCCUGGAUCUCACAAAUGCUAAUUAUUCCUAUGUCUGGAAGGAACGAGAAGACAAUAAAAUGCAGUGGCUUCUGGGGUAAGGCCAAAGCUUACUACUUGCUACCCUACCAAACAUUAAUGAAGACAUGGUUAUAUAAUGGUAUCAGACUAAGUCACAAUCUGAAAUCAAUAUACUUGCUAUUACAUUGUUAACAUUAGUGCACUGAUUUCAGUAGGUGCACUCUGAGUUAGUUUUCCAUUCAAGGAAUAGGAUUUUGCUUCAGAAAUGCUAAGAGCUAUUUCACACUUGGAUGUUAUGCCUCUUCCUGUUUUGUAUGUAGUAUCCCCACUCUGCCUGCAUACAUCCACUCUAUCAUUGUGAAGGCUGUGUUGCUGAAUAGCAGCAAUUUUAUUAUACAUCCUGGCCCCCAUCUGUGAGAGUGCCAGCUUUUGCAAUAAAAUACACUUCCAGACCAGUGUCUGGAGAUUAGAGUGGCUCCUAAUAAUACAGAAGUUGGUUAUCCUAGUUAUAUAUCUUAUUUUGUGUACUGGGCAAGGGUGUAUUUCUGCUUCUAUUUCCAUUUGUAAGGUAUGCAUGCAUUUAUUCAAAAAUGUACGUUAAGAAAAGCCAUAGACUAUUUCUGAAUAAAUUUUGAACUCAGACUAAACGGAUUGUAUUUUGGGAGAUGGGCUUGACUUACAUGGUCCAUAUUUUUUAAUUUGUAACACUAAUGUGAUGUGCAGUACAUGUUGUAGUACAUUUCAAUACAUUUUGAAUUUUGAUUACUUAUACUACUUUGUAACAGUGAAAUAAUGGUAAUAUGCUUGCAAAGCUAGAUCAGGAUAUAAAUCGUGCCUACUGCACCUUACAAGAUAUGUAACCCCUUCGUUUUUAAAUUAUAUUUGACUGUAGUACUGUACAGUAUAGAUACUACAACAAAUAGUGCUCAUGGAAUAAGAUUUUGCUAUCUGAUGUUUAAUCUGUAUGUAUAAUGUUGUUGUGGGUUUAGUACAUGCCAUUUUUCAGUAGUAAACCUGACAUGACUAAAAAUAAAAUGGUAACUUGUUUAAAUAUAAUGCAUUGUAAAGUUUUUUUUUAAUGCCUUUCAUGUUCAAAAUUUAUGGGAGAUUUGCAUAUAUAAUUUGCAUUUAACUCACAAGCACUUACAUCUGGAACGGAAAAAGAAAUCUGUCUUCUUGACAACAGAUGAGCUGCCCUGGGGUGAGUUUCCCAAUGUUGUAUAAACCACAACUGAAAAGAUCCUAAGCAGAGUAUGAGCUGAGAGUCAGCAAACGGAGAGGCUGAGAGGAAGACGCUACACAAAGCCCAUCUGGUUAUUUAGUGAUUUAUUUACUUAGAUGUUGCCAAUGUGUGUGGUACAAAGCACCAUACUACAAACCCCAGUCCCCCACCAAAGGAGCUUACCAAUAGGAAUUUUGGCAGAUCAGGAUGUACAAUAAGGUAAGGAAGGGAAAAGAAUGUUAAAAGAUAUAUGUAUCCAAUGCAUCUCCAAAUUUGCUCAAAUUACAUAAUGAAUGAUGAGUAUGUGAUUUAAGCAGAUUUAAGUUGAGCCAAUGCAGAAUUGAGAACCUUGAGGACACAUGCACUAUCCAGGGAAACAUGAGACUACAUGUUACGUUUUAAUAAGAGGCAAUUGACAUUUGUAUACUGGUUAUAACAUUUUGCAUCCAAAUUCUAUAGUCAGACAUAAUGCUGCAGCAGUGAGUUAAAUGGGACUUUAUAAGCUGAGAGCUAACUGCACAAUGAAGAACUUGAUUUGUAAACAUGCUGGGUAAAAUACUCAGCAAAGUAGAGUAUUGAUUUGUAUUGUGUAACUCUCAAGUGCUGAACAUAAUUCCAUCACAAUGUCAAAGCUGAAAAUCGCAUUGUAGGUACUUUCAAACUACAGGACGCCUAUAAAAAGGUAAACGUGAAGGACCCCUGGACAGUUAAGUCCAGUCAAAGGAGACUAUGGGGUGCAGUGCUCAUCUCGCUUUCAGGCUGAGGGAGCCGGCGUUUGUCCACAGACAGCUUUCUGGGUCAUGUGGCCUACAUGACUGAAUUGCUUCUGGCGCAAUGGAACACUGACAAGAAGCCAGAGCUCACGAAAACACCAUUUACCUUCCCAUCGCAGCGGUACCUAUUUAUCUACUUGCACUGGUGUGCUUUCAAACUGCUAGGUUGGCAAGAGCUGGGACAGAGCAACGGGAGCUCACCUGUGGCGGGGAUUCAAACCGCCAACUUUCCUAUUGGCAAGUCCAAGAGGCUCAGUGGCUUUCACCACCUUCAGCAAAUACUCAAUGAGAAUCGGCUUUAAAGAACAUACGCUUGGGGAAAUUAUGUGUUUAAAUGUGAAUCAAUUUGUGUUCUCACUUAGCAAUUAAAAGCAGAAUCUACAAAUAUGACUGUGAAAAUAUUUCUCACCUUCUAAAGCAAAAAAGCAAAUACUGUACAGUAUACCUGACUUUUACUUAUCAACCAGUUGAGAUACUGACUCUGCAUAGCCACCAGGUGGCAGAAUAAGCACUAGAAUGUAAACAAUUCCCAAACACUCCUAGGAAAAAAUGGGAAGUUAGUUUUGAAAAUAUGUUUGUUAAAUUAAAAAAGAACAAAUGAUACUGUUAAUUUUAUCUUGAAGUGGGCUGCGAGAUUUAUAUUUUUAAAACCUGAAACUAUUUUAGAAUUUUAAGGGCAAUCAUUCAAAUACAGACAGAGAUAGGGAAAACAAUCACUUGGGUCUCAUGUCUAAUUAUUCGAAUAUAUGUGAAUACUCACAAUCAAGUUAGAGUUAAGCACCAAGGAGUACAUAUGAAUAAGGAAUAAAAAAAAGUUGCUGAUCCUAAAAGAGAAUGGCAGCUUGCUGCUGUUCAUCUCUAAUAUGCAGGUUACAUUGGUGUGCAA